CCGUGCGCCCAGCAGAUAAAGGCGCCAUUUUGGACGGGCCGCGGGAGACGUGGUUUCGCUGCGGGUUCGCUCUGUUGUGCGCUAGGCUUGGUGGGAAGGACUGUUCUCCAGUCCGCGCCUUUCGUCGCCGCCAUGUCUGGAGGUGGUGUGAUUCGUGGUCCGGCAGGGAACAACGAUUGCCGCAUCUACGUGGGUAACUUACCUCCAGACAUCCGAACCAAGGACAUUGAGGACGUGUUCUACAAAUACGGCGCUAUCCGCGACAUCGAUCUGAAGAAUCGCCGCGGGGGACCGCCCUUUGCUUUCGUUGAGUUCGAGGACCCGCGAGACGCGGAAGACGCGGUGUAUGGUCGCGACGGCUAUGAUUACGAUGGAUAUCGUCUGCGGGUGGAGUUUCCUCGAAGCGGCCGUGGUACAGGCCGAGGUGGCGGUGGGGGUGGAGGUGGCGGAGCUCCCCGAGGGCGCUAUGGCCCCCCAUCCAGGCGGUCUGAAAACAGAGUGGUUGUCUCUGGACUGCCUCCAAGUGGAAGCUGGCAGGAUUUGAAGGAUCACAUGCGUGAAGCAGGUGAUGUAUGUUAUGCUGAUGUUUACCGAGAUGGCACUGGUGUCGUGGAGUUUGUACGGAAAGAAGAUAUGACCUAUGCAGUUCGAAAACUGGAUAACACUAAGUUUAGAUCUCAUGAGGGAGAAACUGCCUACAUCCGGGUUAAAGUUGAUGGGCCCAGAAGUCCAAGUUAUGGAAGAUCUCGAUCUCGAAGCCGUAGUCGUAGCAGAAGCCGUAGCAGAAGCAACAGCAGGAGUCGCAGUUAUUCCCCAAGGAGAAGCAGAGGAUCACCACGCUAUUCUCCCCGUCAUAGCAGAUCUCGCUCUCACAUAUCUGAAGAGAUGGAUUAAGAAUGCUUUGGAUUAAGGAUUGUGGAGCACAUUUCAAUCAUUUUAGGAUUGUCAAAAGGAGGAUUGAGGAGGAUCAGAUCAAUAAUGGAGGCAAUGGUAUGACUCCAAGUGCUAUUGUCACAGAUGAAAUUGGCAGUAUUGACCUUAUACUAAAAGGCAAGGGUUAAUAAAUAAAUCUACCUUAAAACACUUGCAAACAUCUUAAGCAGCUGUCUGUAGCUACAAUUGCUUUGCUUUUUAAAACCUUGGCAAUUGUGGCAAAAUUACAUUGCCCGUUUUGUAACAGUUUUGCUCCCUUCCCCCUUUUUUGUUUUAAUAGGGACUAAUGUGGGAAGAACUGGCUAAUUUUGUCACAGUGCUUAGUUACAACUGUUAAUGUGUGACCUGCUGUUGGUGUACAUGUGGGUACAGGGUGUUUUUUAAUUCCAACCAGAUAGAGUAUAAUAUCAAUACUGCUAAAUCUGCAUGUCCUCUGUGUGACUGAUAUAGCGUUGCUAUUUCAUUUUUUUAAGACAAAAUGAAAGCAAAAUAUAGAAUUCCAACAUAUUGGUGUAGAUAAUUUAGUUGGGAAUAUGUUAAGUCUCACCUUCCCCAUUAAUAUUCAAGAUUGACUCAUGCUUAAAACACUUUAAUUUACAAAUUAAAUUGCAGAUGGGAAUGUUAGUAUUAGUUUAGACUUAGGUGACUACCAAUACCAGUAAACUUUUCAAAUACAUAACUUUUUGCAACCACAAAACCUGUAAUACGCUGUACAGUAACAAGUGUUGGCAUUAUCAGUUGAACUGUAAAUAUAAAAUGCUUCUUCCAAUUAGUCUCUAUGAUGAUUAAGUUUCUAAAAUUUAUCUGAACACCAUUCAGAAACUUGUUUUGGGGAAUUUGAUAGUUAUUGAUGUACAUCUGUUAUACUGAUGACAGACAUAACUCAUCAUUCCCCAGAAACUUUUUUUUGAUUACAGUAUCUAACAUUUUGCCUCCUCUUUUUUGGUUUUGCUGGUUAUAAAGGUUUGGAUUGGAGAGGGCUCACUGGAUCCCAAUCCUUGGAGCUGGAUCAUUGGAUUCAAAUCAUAAUGUGGAUAGGAUAGGGAGGAUGAAUUACAAGGAUUCAUGGAGCGGGAUCAGAUUACCCAGGAACAUAGGAGUGGAUUCCUGCCCCAACCAAACCGCAUUCGUGUGGAUUUUUUUAUUCAACUUAAUUGGCUAUUCCAAAGAUUUUUUUUUUUCCUAUUUUUGACGAUUGGAGCCCUUAAGAUGCACGAUGGAAUUGUAUUUUGCAUUUUUUGGUAAAAGGAGCAAAGCGAGGACCUGGAGAUGUACGCUGGAGCAAUCUCCUUGGAAGGAUUCAGCACGAGUAGAUGGUAAACAUUUAAAGGGGAAAGGGGGGUUUGUUUAAAAUAGUAAAUCAGUAAGUCACUUCUAAAUUUAAAGAAAACAUAAUUGGAGUUGAAGAAUAAGUAGGUUUCCAAUUGGCUAUUGCCGUUUUUCUUUGAAAAAAAAUAAAAUUUUUUAAAAAACUA